AUGUCAGAAGAUGCAACAAUGGAUACUGCAGUAGCAGCGACAAUUCCUGCUACUGCUAAUUUGGAACCACGAAAUACAAAACGCAUAACGGAAAGUUCUCCAACUUAUACCGUUAUACAACGAAAAAUCGCCAAACAUCUCCAUCUUUCACCUCUCUUAGUUGCAGAGAUAACACGUACUCUUUUUUCCAUGCUAGCUUUCGUCAUAGUCGGGUUUUCAUGUACUUUUGCUAUACAAUCGUCAGAUUAUCGGUGGAAAACUUCCGGCGAUGAUAUGAUGGCUUUGGUAGAUCUUGGGUUUAAAGUUAUACCAUAUACAGAACAAUUAUUCUUAGCAGACUUGUUCAUGCUUACAUUGCUUGUUGGUUCUUUAGGCAUAAGCCUUUUCCUCGCCGAAUCUAAUAUAGCGAGACUUAUAAUAGUACGCCGUAUUUUUUGGAUGUUAACAUUCCUUUUGGGAUUUAGAAUGAUUACUCUUAGCGUUACAACUUUACCAAGUCCAAAAGAUUGCAAUCCUCUUGAGCCUGGCAACUUUUGGGAUAUGUUCAAAACCGGCGUACAUUUAAUAACAGGCACAGUUAAAGCAUGUACAGAUAAUAUUUUUUCAGGUCAUAGCAUCUUCAUCACCACAAGUGUAAUCCUCUUACGUGUUUAUUGUAGAUAUAAAAUCAUUAUAUAUUACUCGUAUCUCCAUGGACUUGCAGCAUUAAGUUUUCUCGUUGCAACUCGAAUCCAUUACACUGUUGAUGUCUUGUUGGCAGUAUUCAUUACAUAUUCUGUCCAUUCAAUAUAUUUCUUUAUAGUAGAUCUUUGUAUAGAAAAACAUUUCCUUGAUAUAAGGAAAGCAGAAGAUCGAUUAGGAGAUGCGGAACUUUAUCAAAGAAUAGCAUAUAUGCCUAAUAUGUUUAAUACAAGUCUAGUAGGUGCAGUACGGUGGAUGGAUGGGUUAGAUAUUCGAUUUAGAUGUGAAGGCGAGGAGAUUCGCGAUAUAACUAGAGAACGUGCGAGACAACGGCGUAACAAUUCCAGCGCCAGUUCGAGCAGUGAGACGAAUGAGAUGACGCAAGUUGUGGUAACUAGUCCACCGCAAGACGACGAAGGUGAGCCAAGCAAAAGGCCUGAAAUAUUAUAG